AGUAAAAUCCAGACGAGAUCACACCAAUUGGUUCCUUGCCAACAGAUAAGGACACAUGGCAGAGAUGACGAAAGAGUGACCAGGACGUGUAAACAGUGAUAAUCAGGAAACGAUUAGCAGAGAGCUGGCAUGUGAAUGUUUGACAAAGGACCAAAAACCACAUAAGAGAGGAGCUACCUCAGGAGGAACCAUCGUACAGAGCCUUUUCUGAAACAUUUUGGUUUCUGGAUUUUAGUUUCCUUUACUAACUAAACUGCAGUCAUGCCGGGUGAGGAAAAGUUGUCGUACCAUGAAGCCAUUGAGAGGGCGAGCAGCUCUUUGUAUCGCUUCCCUCUGCUCCCAGUCAGAGGGAUUCCUCUCAUGAACCAUAUCGCCAACAGCUGGGACACUAUCUGGGCUUUCCGUCCUGACCCCUCAGACAUCCUCAUCGCCACCUACCCCAAAGCAGGGACCACAUGGACCCAGGAAAUCGUUGACCUGCUUCUUCACAACGGAGAUGCUGAUGCCUGUAAACGAGCCCCAACACCGGCACGCAGCCCUUUCCUUGAGAUUGUCUCCCCGCCACCAAUCCCAUCAGGUAUUGAUCUUAUGAAGAACAUGGAUCCUCCAAGAAUCAUCAAGACACAUCUGCCUUUUCAGUUGGUGCCUCCUGCAUUUUGGGAAAACAAGUGCAAGACGAUCUACGUGGCACGCAAUGCCAAAGACAACAUGGUGAGCUACUACCACUUUGACUGUAUGAAUAAGACCCAGCCUGAGCCCGGACCGUGGAAGGGAUACAUGUCCAAGUUCAUGAGGGGAGAGUUGGCGUGGGGCUCGUGGUACGACCAUGUGAAAGAUUACUGGAAGGAGAGAGAGAACAGGAACAUCCUGUACCUCUUCUAUGAGAACAUGAAAGAGAAUCCUCGGCGUGAGGUGGAGCGCAUCAUGAAGUACCUGGACCUGUCGCUCUCGGAUGAGGUCAUCAGCCGGAUUGUGGAGCUCACUUCUUUUGAGAUAAUGAAGGAGAACCCCAUGGCCAACUACUCCUGCAUCCCAACGCAUAUUUUUGAUAACUCCGUCUCCCCCUUCAUGAGAAAAGGUCAAGUGGGGGAUUGGAGAAACCAUUUCACACCCGAGCAAUCAAAGAUGUUUGCCGAAGAUUAUGACAAGAAGAUGAAGGAUGUCAAUAUACCAUUUAGGACCCUCAUCUAAAGGAUGUUGGGUUUUAUACCAAACUAAUGCCGCCUUAUAAACCAAAGAAUGAAGCACUGAUUCUGGGAAGACAGAAAUACUGUCAGAAACUUUGACAGGAGCUCAAAACCAAACCAGCAGAGUAAAAAUAAAUAAGUUUCAGCUCAGGUGUUAAUUGCUAGUGUUUAGAUUAAGAGGAAAACCAUUCAAAAGUAUGUUUAAAGAAUCAAUAAAAAUGUGCUCCAUGAUACAAGGACUUGAGUUUUUAAUCAUCACUUUAUUGCAGCUUAUCACGUAAACAAUAUAUAAGACCAAAAGUGUUGUGACUGAGUGGACAUGCCCAUUUUAUGACAUGACACCUCCAACAGUCUGUUUGUAUGGAGCCCGUAGCGAGCACUGGCAGCUGGAGGCAUGUGCUUAUUCUGCCCAUAUGAAGUCAUUUUGCAACCCUACACCACACUGUACAAAGCCCAGCCAGAGAAGGGAGGCUGCACGAGACACGAGCAACAAAGACUAGAAUAAAAGUAAUGAGCUGGAAAGUCAAUCAUAUGAAAAUGGACAGAGGACACAAAAAAACAACAGCUGAGAAUAUCCAAGU